AUGAAGGUGAAGAAAUCGACUCGAUCAAAAGUCUCUACAGCAUGUGUCAAUUGCAGGAAAAGAAAAAUCAAAUGCACGGGCAAACAUCCAUGUACAAACUGCAUUUCAUAUGAUUGUACGUGUGUCUUUUUGAAAAGAUACUUGCCGCAAGGUAAGGAUGCUCCACAGCCUUUUCCUGCUGCGACCGCUCCCUCAUCUUCGUCACAUCCCGAUGUGGACCUCUCGACAGACAUGCAUCAGCUCAAUACUGUGAUUAAACUGGAUAAUCAGGAUUACUUCAAAUUGAUGAACGAGCCGAUACAAACUCCAGUGUCUCCGAACCCUACGAAUGCUCCUAGUAAUGACAAUAAUAUCCUUUUCAAAGACGAUUCUGAUUCUCAAAUCCAGCUAGUCGCAUAUCAAAACAUUUUAACCAAUUUGAAGACUCUACCACCUUCCAAUGAAACUCGGCUUUUGAUCGAUAAGACCAGGACACAAUUGAAUAACCUGAUUAAUAAUUGGAACCCUGAAGUGAACUAUCCCAAGCUUUCCAAGCUUUCUCCUCCCCCACAAAGGUCCAUAGAAACCUGCCUUUUAACUAAUAAGUAUAGAAAUAAAAUAUACAUGACGAGAUUCUCCUUUUGGACGAAUCAAAUGGUUAAAACUCAAAGCUCGGAUUCAUUUAUGGCUACGAUCCCGUUAGUGGAUGAAGUUUUUGGUCUUUUUUCUCCUGUACAGGCCUUUUCACUAAGAGGCAUAGGUUAUUUAAUAAAAAAGAAUCUUGAAAAUGCACAUUCUCUGAUGCUCAUAGAUACUAAAGAAACCAUUUACUUGAUAUUGAGAUUGUUUGAUUUAUGUUAUGAGCAUUUGAUUCAAGGUUGUAUUUCCAUUGCCAACCCAUUGGAGAACUACCUUCAAAGAAAAAAGCAAUCUUUCACUAAGACGGCAUCCGCCUCUUUGCCCACUUCCCCAGCACCUUUAUCCAGUGAUUUGGUCAUAUCCGUUAUUCAUCAACUACCUCAACCGUUUAUACAAACAAUUACUGGGUUUACAACUGAUCAACUGAUAGCAAAUCUGCAUGACUCGUUUUCGAUGUUCCGAAUAGUUACCCAAAUGUAUUCUCUACAUAGGAAACGCUUUGCAGAAUUCUUAAACCAGGUUUUUUCUUUGCCUCUUCAAAAGAGUGAUAUGUUUUCAUCAUUUUGCUCUACAGAACAUCUUCUAUCCACUCUCUGCUAUGCAUACUAUAACGUCACUUUAUACCACAUGUUAGAUAUAAACACAUUGGACUAUCUAGAGAUUUUGGUGUCCCUGCUAGAGAUUCUAAAUGAGAUCGAUGAGCGUUUUGGAUUCGAAAAAGUGCUAGAGGUGGCCGUAACGUGUUCUAUCAAGAUGGGGUUGUCUCGCUGGGAGUACUAUGUCGGCAUAGAUGAAAAUACUGCUGAAAGGAGAAGAAAGAUAUGGUGGAAGAUAUAUUGCUUGGAAAAGCGUUUUCUGAUCGAUCUUGGCGACCUAUCAUUAAUUAAUGAACGUCAAAUGAACUGUCUUUUACCAAAGGAAUUCAGGGACAUGGGAUUCAUUAAUCAUAAAGAAUUUCUAGCAAAAAUUAGCACGUCUUCUCUAUCACCAUCGUCCCCCGAACUAAAGGACUUGCCGUUGUCCGGACUAAUUGAAUAUGGUAAGUUAGCGAUUGCUCAAAUUGUUGGAGAAUUCUUUUCUGAAACUCUCUACAAUGAGAAAUUUACGUCUUUAGAAACAUCGGUUAAACCCACACUUGUAAGACAGAAACUAUUGGAAAAAAUAUUUGAAAAUGUUGAAUCUUUCAGGGUUAAAUGGGCUAAAAUAAAAUUUCACACUUCAAGGGUUUUCCAAAUAGCUCUCUCUAGUUAUCCGGAACAGUCAAGAAAUGACUUGAUUGAAGCAGCCAAGUUUGCGAGUUACUAUAAAAACACGUGGUUUUCUAUUCUGGGUGCUGUUAAUAACUUAAUUGCUAGACUAUCUGAAGAUCCUGAAAUAAUGACGGAGCAGUCCCUGAAAUAUGCGGAUGAAAUGUAUCAGGAUUGGAAAGAAAUUAAUCAGUUCUUGAUCCAAGUAGAUACCGAUUUCAUUGUUUGGAGUUGUUUAGACUUUUAUGAACUGAUAUUUUUCGUGAUGGCUUCGAAAGUUUAUGUGGAAAGUCCGCACGUCACCUUAGAGGAUGUCAUUAGCACCUUAAAAGUCUUCAAAAGAAUAACUAAUAUCAUGUCAUUCUUUAAUAAUAAUUUAGAUGACGAAGAUUCAGACUGCCAAACUUUUAGGGAGUUUUCGAGAAGCUCGAGCUUAAUUGCCAUAUCGAUCAGAAUCAUAUUCAUAAGAUAUUGCUACGUUGAAGAAAUUGAUAGAGCUGAAUUUAUUGAACGUUUCAAAGAAGUUGAGCCCGAUUUAAGUGAUCUCUUGCAGCAAUUUUUCGACACUCGUUCCUUUAUAUAUGAAUACUUAUUGAAAUCCGUGGAAAAAUCUGGCUUUCAUUUGACAAUCAGAAAGAUGUUAGAAAGUGAUUAUAAAAUUUUAUACAGAGACAAAUUUGCCGCAGGGAGUACCUGCGAUCAAGCCAGUUUGAACCAGUUUCCUCAUCUAUGUUAUGGCGCUGCUCCCGCUUGCGGAAAUUCCUCUACUUCUUCAGCAAAUUCGCCGUUGAAAUUAUCCGCUUUGUUGAACUCAGGAGAGGAGCCGUACACUCAAGAUGCAUCAGAAAAUACUUCAAAUGAUCUACCACGUCAGGAUCGAUCAUUACAGCAACCUAAAAGACAACAGCCUAUUCCCAGCCAGAUCAAUGGUAGUGAAAACAAUAUAUACAAUUUGGGUACUUUGGAGGAAUUUGUUAAUAGUGGAGAUUUAACUGAAUUGUAUCAUACUCUUUGGAAUGAUAACAUAUCAGAUCCCUUCUUGUGA